CAUCUUUCGGCUGCCACACACACUUCUCACGCCUUGUAUCCUCUCGGAAUCCGGGGUCUGGGGUUGGGUGCGACUUCUCCCCAACAUACAUAAAGGCAGCUCUUCUCCUCGCGGCCAAAACAGUGAAGAUAUCGAUUGAUCACCCUAGUCCAGUCAGCAAAACAGUAAAGGGUCAUCAUACCUCGACGAAACAUGACCACCGAUUCCGACAUCCGCUUCGAAAGCGUGAGGGCACCCUCUGUCGAACAUCACAAACUCGACAUUCUACUCUCACACGAAGAGAACUUGAAGGGUCCCAUAAACGAGGACCUCGUGGACAAGGAGGUGGCACAAUAUGUGGACAGCCAGCCAAUCCACAUCGAUGAGGCGACAAAUCGGAGACUGAAAAGAAGAAUUGACCGUCGCGUGCUUGUCGUGAUGAUCAUCACCUACUUCCUCCAGAGUGUUGACAAAGGCGCGCUCGGUUUUGCAAGCAUUAUGGGACUGCAGGAGGACACACACCUUCACGGCACACAGUACUCUUGGUUAACAACAGUGAUCUAUCUGGUUAUUCUCGUUGUUGAGUAUCCUGAGAAUUGGAUUAUCCAGCGCAUUCGCAUCGCCAAGUGGCUGGGCAGUAACAUCGUUUUGUGGGGUUUGGCAGUGACCCUCACAUCCGUGUGCAAAAAUUUCGCAGGCCUCGUUACCCUUCGAGCAUUUUUGGGAGGUUUCGAGGCCGUCUGCCAGCCAUCUUUCACAGUCCUUUCUGCCAUGUGGUACAAACGUGAGGAGCAAGCACAGACUAUCAUCCUAUGGUACAUGAUGAAUGGGAUCCAGCAAAUCGUGGGUGGCCUUGUCGGCUUCCUGUUUACGCUGGUUCCUGAAUCCGCGCCACUCGAGCCCUGGCAAGGACUGUUCAUGUUCCACGGUUUGAUUGCUAUCUGCUGGGGAUUGUUUGUCAUAUACUGGAUGCCAGACUCUCCCAUGAAAGCGAAAUGCUUCAACGAGGAAGAGAAGAGACUCAUUCUUGAACGCGUACGAACCAACCGUACCGGCGUUCAGAACAAGAAGUUCCGAAUCGAACAGGUCAAAGAAGCAUUCUUGGAUCCUCAAGUUUACGCCUUUGUUCUCAUUCAACUCUUUACUACGCUUCCCUCGGGAGGAGUUGGAGCUUUCGCAGCCAUCGUCAUCAAGGGCUUCGGGUAUUCGACCUGGGAGACACAGCUCCUGCAAAUGGUUACUGGCGUGAUUCAAGUCAUAUCCAUGCUGUCAGGUGUCUGGAUCGAAAAAAAGUACAAGAUGACAAUCUGGCCCUCCGUCGCCGCUGUGCUCCCGACCAUCGCCGGUGCUGCAGUAUUGUGCGGCGUGAAGGCCACCCCGUCCACCCGCAUCGGUCUUUUGAUUGCUUGGUACUGUAUGUACAGCUUCUGGACGGCGGUCGGCCUGGCGCUGUCUCUAGUCACACGAAAUGUGGCCGGUUCUACAAAGAAGUCGGUCGUCAUCUCCCUGACAUUCAUCUCGUGGGCGGCGGGAAACGCAAUCGGACCUCAGGUUUUCAGGAGUCAGGAUGCACCACGAUAUUUCCCUGCUUUCGCUGUCAUUCUCUCCUGCUUCGUCGCCUUGGCAGUGACGCUGGUACUGCUUCGGUACUACUAUAUUUGGCAGAACAGCAUCAAGGAGGGCAAGAUUGCGAGAGGAGAGGCUCUGGCUGAUGAAGAAGGCGUUCAUGGUUUUGAGGACGUCACGGACAGGGCAAACGUGAACUUCCGCUAUGUGUAUUAGUGGUCUCGUGCUUACGAUGGCGAGCUUAUACCCCAGGUUUGAUGAUGGUUACAUAUUCGAGUGGGCUGUGGAGGUAGCAACUGCUUUGGAGCCUGGUGAAAGUCAUUUGCGUCGUCUGGACAGGUUUUCGACCGGACAAAAUGGCUUAAGUGGUAGAGGCUAAUCCAGAUGAUGUUUGCAACGCUGAAAUUCCCUCCCUGGCUCCCAAGUUGUACCAGUCGACAAGGAAUAAAUCAAAUGACCCGUGGUGCCGGAUUCUGGAAUAUACUCUUCCCCGCCAGAACCUUGAACGAGAUUUUGACGCCAAGUAGAGCAAUACCCUUUCAAAACUCCA